ACUAACCACGCUGACAUUCACCCCCACAAACCUCAUGCGUACACCCAAGGUCGAAAUACACAACAUAUAACUCAAAAACAUCUAUACGUAAAAGCCGCAUGCUGCUGUCUUGUGAUAACGAUAACACUGCGGUGACAAUGUAUCGUGCUACAUACAUCAAGGGAAACGUUGGGGAAACGCGCCAGAUGACCUUGACAUCGUGACUUCAUUCUCCCGGAACUCCUUCUACCAGAUCCUCCAAGACGUCGCGCAGGAGGAUUGAGCAUGCACAAGCUACUUUCAGCAUUGCACGAAUGGCGCACCCGUCCGUCUGUCGUUCUUCCCCUCGCCUUCUUGCAGGCCCUCGCAGUCGGCCUGGACAACCUGCCAAGUGCGUACCUCUUCCGUGCCAUCCGCUGCAAAGAGUACCUCGCAACAUCGCCAUCUCACGCACCCGAGGACGACAUUUGUCGGUCGCCUGUUGUGCAGAAGGCGUAUUCGACAGACAUCGCCGUCUUUGCCACCAUCCUCGCAGUACUCGGCAUCGUGCUGUCUGGGCCAUAUGGCAGAGUCUCCGACUUCCGCGGUAGGAAACGAGCGUUGACGAUCUCGGCCGUGCUCAACGUCCUUGGGAAUGCCUGGCUUGCGCUAUGCUCAUUCUCUGCCCCGUUGCGCAAAUCCUGGCUUUUGCAGAUCGCAGCAGUCGUGCAAGGCCUUGGCGGUGGUGUCCCCGUCGUCAUGGCUGGCCAGAACGCUUUCAUUGCCGACACGUCUUUCCCGGGCGAGCGUUCGUCCUACAUGGGGCUCGCGCUUGGCAUGUUUUGGGCCGGGAACGCCGUUGGCCCCCUCGUGAGUGCAGUACUCCUCAACAAGGACCUCUACACCAUCAACUUCGUCAUCACGGUGCUCGUUUGGGUGCUGUAUCUGCUGUAUCUGCUGUUCGUUGUACGCGAAGUUCGUGUACCUGUGGCCGAACACUACGCCGACGCCAAUGCUGCAGAUGCGCCGGACAGGGCUACAGAAUACCAGUCGGUCGCGUCGCGUCUGUUUGCUCCAGUACGCUCGGUGUUUGAGCCGGUGAUCAUUCUGGUGCAGCAUGUUACGCUACUUUUACUAUCUAUCGCCCUGGCCGUCGGCGUUUUCUGCCUCGGAGUAUUCCACCUCAUCAUACCGUACUGCGACACCAAGUUUGGACUUGGACCCAGCGAGGCGGGCAUCAUCAGCGCAGCCUGGUCCGUCUCACGGGCUGCCUCUGUUAUGUUUCUCCUUCCGAUGUGCGUCGCCGCCUAUCAAUGGCUUGUGAAUCGAAAGCAAGCAGCCAAGCAACUUGCUACCGCGUACGCUACCGUACCGGCAGAUGAGACAGCUCCCUUGCUGGCCGAAGCCACGCAAGAACUCCAGGCGAGCGAAAGCACUCCUCCGGCCGAAGCAACGUCGAUAUCACGGGAGCUCACCAUUGUCCGCGUCUGCCUCGUGCUCGACGCGCUGGGCAUGCUCGCCGUUGGGUGCAGCCGCAACGCCAACGAGGUGGUCUUCGCAACGGUCGUAGGCGCGUUCGGCGCGCCUGCGGGACCGUCAAUGCAGGCGCUGGUCACGCUCGCCGCGCCGCCCGGCGAGACCGGACGAGUGCUCGCUGGCCUGUCCAUCCUCCAAUCAGCCGCCGUCGCCCUGCGCGGCCCUGUGUUGGUCUCGCUGUUCAAUGCCACCUUGGUGAAGGCGCCCGGAGCGAUCUGGUGGCUGUCUGCUCUCAUGUUGAUCUUGUCUAGUCUGGUAGCGUUCGGCUUGCGUCCCAGACAGUUCGUGUAUGUGUACGAUGGACACACUUGAAAGCUGCUCUUAUGUGAUGGCAAAGCGCGAGCCUGAGCCUGUAUUAGUCUAAGUAGCAGCUAAUGACUAUCAUAGACAAUGCGACU